CCCAAUGCGCGGCCCGAAGCCAUGAAUGGUGAGACCAUGACCUGAGCCAAAGUCAGACGCUCAACCAACUGAGCCACCCAGGCGCCCCAUUCCUCAAAAGGGACGGGGGGAGUGGUGGCCUUUGCAUGGUGGAGGGAGGCCUGGGCCCCAAGUGAUUCUGGGAAAAGGGCACGCUCUGGUGGUGCGGAGCCCAUCCCUGGGGAGCUAAUAAAGGUGGCGUAAAUAAAGGGUGGGACGUAGGCGGGGGAGGGGCGCGCAGUUGCUAACAGUGCGCGCGCGCAUCACGGAGCUGCCAUAAUGGUUUGGCUCCCGCUCAGUUCCCAGCGCCAGUACCUGACUCGCCUGGGUCACUGCGCCCCGGAGCCUCCGCAAGUCAUGUCCCGGCUGCGCCUGUUGGCCCCACUGCUUGUCCUUAUGUGGCAACCGUUGUGGCUGCUGGUCCAGGCAGCUCAGCCUCCGGAGUGGGCCCUGGACCCUGCCCAGCUGACCUCCGACCCCCUGGAGGCGGCUGAGCCCUGGUCUUCGCGCUCCUCUGAUCCCCCACCCGAAUCGCCCCAGGCACUUACACCCCCAGCCGAGCUGGGGGGCUUUAAUUACCUGGGGUCCUCUGCUCCAGCCCAGAUGUUGGCCCUGCCUAAGGAGUUGACGGAGACUUUGGUUCCAUUCCUGGACACGGAUUCCGUUUUAGAACUACCCCCAGGGCCAGAUGAGGAUCUGAAUGACCAGCUAACCCAGCAUCAAAGGCUCCCAGAGGUGGUUCCAAUGCCAGGUUGGGAUUAUUUAAUGUUUCCCAAGGUUACAGGUAAGCCUUUAGAUGUGGAACUUACCACAACUCCAGGGCCUGAUAAAGGUGUUGAGUCUUCUAUAGCCCAGCAAGAGGCCCCACCUCAGCCUCUUGAACAUACUGAGGAAGCAGAACUUUCUCUAACCCAGCAAGAGACCUCGGGUAAGCCUCCAGAGGAGGUUGAGCCUUCAAAUGAGCAGGAGACCCCAGGUCAGCCUUCCGAGCCUCCUGGGGUGAUUGAUCCUUCUCUAAGGCAGCAGGAGACCCCAGCUCAGCCUUCCGUGCCUCCUGAGGAAGCUAAGCCUUCUCUAAGCAAACAGGAACCCCCAGCUCAGCUUGCAGACCCUUUUGGAGAAGCUGAACUUUCUCCAACCCAGGAGGAGGUCUCAGCUCAGCUUGCAGAGCUCCUUAAUGAGGCAGAAUCUUCAACCCAGCAGGAGACUCCAGCUCAGUCUCCAGGGGAGAUAGAAUCUUCUGCAACCCUGCAAGAGCAACCAGCUCAGCCUCCAGAGCUGCCUUCCAGGGAGGUGGAACCUUCUCCAACCCAGCAGGAGCACCCAGCUCAACCUCCAUGGCAUCAUAAGAUGACAGUUUCACCUCCAGGUCACUACCGUGAUCAACAUUUAAACCUGCCCAAUGUCAGUUUGAAACCUCCAGAUGUGCAGCUUACCAUGACUGCAGAACCCACUACAGAGGUGGGACCUUCUCCAGUUCAGCACGAGACUAUAGCUCAGCCCUCAGUGCCUCUUAAUGUGGAAGCUUUGGAAACCCAGCAUGAAGCCCCAACUCUGCCCUCAGAUUCUGCAACUGAAUCUUUGCCAGUUCAACAGGAGACUCCAACGCAAUCUCCAGAAUCUACCACACAGGACAAACUUCCAACACAGCAGGAGACCCCAGUUCAGUAUCCAGAAUAUCCUGGAGAAGUUGAACCUUCUACAACCCACCAGGAGGCCCUAGCUCAGCAAUCACAGGCCCCUGAGGAGGGUGAAUCAUCCUCAACCCAGGAGGAGGCCCCGACUCAGCUUCCAGAGGCCCAGGAAGAGGGUGAACCUUCCCCUCUCCAGGAGGAGGGCCAGGGUCAGCACCCACAGGCCUCCAAGGGGAGUGAACCACCUACAACCCAGGAGGAGUCCCCAGCUCAGCAUCCACAGACCCCUGAGGAGGUUGAACCUUCUUCAACCCAGCAGGAGGCUCCAGCUCAGUAUCCUCAGGCAUCAGAGGAGGGUGAGCCUUUUCCAACCCAACCAGAGACCCCAACUCAGUAUCCAGAGCCCCUUGAGGGGACUGAACCUUCUCCAGCCCAGUCAGAGGCCACAACUCAGCAUCCAAAUCCCCUUGGGGAAGUUAAACCCGCAACCUAUCAGGAGGCCCCAAGUCAGCAUCCACAGACCUCUGAGGAAAUUAACCCUUCUGCCACUCAACAGGAGCCUUCUGGUGAGGUUGAACCUUCUCCAACCCAACAGGAGGCCCCAGCUCACUCUCCAGAGCGUCAGGUGGUAACAGUUUUUCCUCAAGGUCAGAAUCAAGCUCAGCUCCUGCUGUUGCCUAAUGUCACUGUUAGACCUGUGGAUUCCUCAGUUACCAUGACCUCAGAAUCCACUAAUGAGGUUGAAGCUUCUCCACUCCGAAGAAGAGGCCUCAGCUCAGUCUGGAGUGUCCCCUGA